CCCUGAUCCCUGCGCCCCAGGCCAGCCAGGGAGCCCCGCGGCGGCCGCGCGCUCCAGCCGCCGGCCCGCCAUGGCCGGGGUCAGUUACGCGGCACCCUGGUGGGUGAGCCUCCUGCACCGGCUGCCCCACUUCGACCUGCACUGGGAGACCACCAGCAGCCAGUUCCGGCCCGAGGACACCGACUACCAGCAGGCGCUGCUGCUGCUGGGGGCGGCCGCGCUGGCCUGCCUAGCCCUGGACCUCCUCUUCCUGCUCGUCUACUCGUUCUGGCUGUGCUGCCGGCGGCGCAAGAGCGAGGAGCACCUGGACGCCGACUGCUGCUGCACCGCCUGGUGCGUCAUCAUCGCCACUUUGGUCUGCAGCGCCGGUAUCGCCGUGGGGUUCUACGGCAACGGGGAGACCAGUGACGGCAUCCAUCGGGCCACCUACUCGCUCCGCCACGCCAACCGCACGGUGGCGGGGGUCCAGGACCGCGUGUGGGACACCGCAGCUGCCCUGAACCGCUCGGCGGAGCCCAGCCUGCAGAGCCUGGAGCGGCAGCUGGCCGCCCGGCCGGAGCCCCUGCGGGCAGUCCAGCGGCUGCAGGGCCUGCUCGAAACGCUGCUGGGCUACACGGCUGCCAUCCCAUUUUGGAGGAACCCAGCCGUGUCUCUGGAGGCGCUGGCCGAGCAGGUGGAUCUCUAUGACUGGUACAGGUGGCUGGGCUACUUGGCCCUACUGCUGCUCGACGUGGCCAUCUGCCUCCUGGUACUGGUCGGCCUCAUCCGCAGCUCCAAGGGGAUCCUGGUCGGGGUCUGCCUGCUGGGAGUCCUGGCCCUGAUCAUCAGCUGGGGUGCACUGGGCUUGGAGCUGGCCGUGUCUGUGGGCUCCAGCGACUUCUGCGUGGACCCCGACACCUACGUGACCAGGAUGGUGGAGGAGCACUCGGUGCUGAGCGGGGACAUCCUUCAGUACUACCUGGCCUGCUCGCCCCGUGCCGCCAACCCCUUCCAGCAGAAGCUGUCGGGCAGCCACAAGGCUCUGGUGGAGAUGCAGGACGUGGUGGCUGAGCUCCUGAAGACCGUCCCGCGGGAGCACCCGGCCGCCAAGGACCCCCUGCUCCGUGUCCAGGAGGUGCUGAACGGCACGGAGGUGAACCUGCAGCACCUCACCGCCUUGGUGGACUGCCGCAGCCUGCACCUGGACUAUGUGCAGGCCCUCACAGGCUUCUGCUAUGAUGGCGUCGAGGGCCUCAUCUACCUGGCCCUCUUCUCCUUUGUCACAGCCCUCAUGUUCAGCUCCAUCGUCUGCAGUGUCCCACACACCUGGCAGCAGAAGAGGGGCCCUGACGAGGAUGGGGAAGAGGAGGCCGCCCCGGGGCCGAGGCCGGCGCACGACAGCCUCUACCGCGUCCACAUGCCCAGCUUGUACAGCUGCGGCAGCAGCUAUGGCAGCGAGACCAGCCUCCCGGCCGCAGCACACACUGUCAGCAACGCCCCGGUCACCGAGUACAUGAGCCAGAAUGCCAAUUUCCAGAAUCCCCGCUGUGAGAACACCCCUCUCAUUGGGCGCGAGUCCCCGCCGCCUUCAUACACUUCCAGCAUGAGAGCCAAGUACCUCGCCACGAGCCAGCCUCGCCCCAACUCCAGCAGCAGCGGGCACUAGACCGCCCGACAGCCACCCGCCCCACGUGCCAAUCGCCCCGCUCCUUCCCCGCGCCAGCCUGGCUGCUUACACCCGCGGCUGCCUGCCGCACCCUCCGCACCUGCCCCGGGCCUGCUGCCGGCGCCUCUGUGGCCACUCGCCCCUCUCCUCCCCUUCCCGCAGGGGCUCUGGGCCCGCACCCUCUCCUUGGGUCACACGCCUGGACACCUGGGGGUGCUGCUAGCGACGCCCGGGCCCUCCUGGCCCCCAGCCCCACGCCCCUCUGCCUCCGAGGAUUCGGGGAUUUGCAGAGCCCUGCGCUGGGCCAGAUGCGUCGUGCUGGUGCUGCCCCUGCGGACCCCUGCAGUCUCUUCGGCUGGCGGCUGCCCCGCCCCAUCCCUCCCACAGCCUCUGCUCCUCCCAUGCUUCUCUGCCUCACCUCUUAGUUCAUAGGCAGCGCGGUGCUCCCGUGUGCUGGGCGUCUGGAGGGACGGCCGUGUGGACCCACCCGCCUGCUUGUCUCCCGCGCGUGGAGACCCUCUUGUGGCGCCUUCACGUGCCUCUGCAGCAUCUGUAACUCCUUCCUUCCCUCGCCCCACCCCACCCCAGGCUCUCUACAUCGGGUCCCCACUUUCUCUGCUUCCCUCCCAGCAGCGCUCUCUCCCUCAGCACCCACCCCGCCUGUGGCACCCAGCCCUCCCCGGCGGCAGGAGACGGCAGGUGCCGUGCGGAGCCCAGGCUGCUCGUCGAGUGCUGGCCGCCCUCUUGGUGCCAAGACCCCUCCCCCACCCCAGAGACUUGACAGCUUCAUCCGGUUCACUUUUUGCACUAACCACAUUUGUCAUCUCUAGGGUAGGCGGGGUGGCGGGCCGAGUGGCACCCCCUUUUUGGUUCCUUUCCAUCCAGGACAGGCACAGCAUCCCAGAGCCGGCUGGGGGGGCUGGACCCGAGCUGGCUGUGAAUGUGCCCUCGGCCCCUGCCGCCCCUCUUGGGACUAACCACUGACCUCACUCCAGCCUCCGAGAGAGAGCCCCCCUGGCCAACCCAAAGCCCGCGAGUGUGACGCCGAGUCCAGGCCGGAGUUGAGUCCCAGGAUAGUCGGGCUGGAGAAGGUGUUUCUUCUCGUGGCGCUGCUGGGGGGUGUCGAAGACCAAGAGGCAGCCCAAGGGCCUGGAGACCCCUCCCUGGGCAGGCGCUGCGCCAGGGGACCGUGUCCUCAGGAAUGAAUGUCCCUUGGGCUGUAGGACUGAGGUCCCUGUGGCCUCAGUCUCCCUACCUGUGAAGUGGGAACAAGGUUUCCCUAAGGUGCUUUUGGCUUAGUGUACAAUGUUUGCUGUGUUUCCUGCCGCAGUUGGGGGUGCUACCCCCAGAUCAAGUUGGGAAGUCCCCUGCCGGUCCCAGCCCUGCCCAGCCAGCCUGAAGCAAGAGAGGCCAGGUGCAGGCUCUGCCCCGUGUCAGUCCAGGGGCAGCAGAGGGCCACUUGGCAGCCACACGAGGGCCCAGGCCGGGGCAGACAGCAGCCGGCCCGGCAGUUUACAGACAUGGGGGGCUCUCUCUCCCAGAGCGGCAGGGCACCCCUUCCCCAGGGUGGCCUGGAAGAGGCCACCUUCCUCUGUGGUCCCGUUGUGCUGGUAUCUGGGACCAAAAGCAUGGGUGGGCCUGGGACUAGGUCACGUCUCCCCCGCUCCUGGGGCAGCCUCUGCCCUGGACGGGGUUGGGGGAGUGAGGAGGCAAACACGGGGGUGCUCCAGGUGGGCCUAAGGGCCCGCAGCCUCGCAUCUGAGCCCUUGCACACGGCCAAACCUCACUGAAAGGCACCUUGUGCUCCAGGCUCCCCGCUGUAGCGGGCGCGCGCGCGCGGCGGUGCCACAGCCCAACCGACCAGUUUUUCUCGGGCUCCACCGCCUGGGUGGAGCGUUCCUGCUCGGCCUCGGAUCAGAGGGGAGGCGCCGGCUGUGCUGCCUGGGGCGCCGCUCGGAAGCACAAACGGCCGCCCGGCCCGCGAGGCCGCCGAAAUGUGAAUGUACAUAGCGUGAGAGCCGGGCGCCGCGCACCUGCGCCGCUCGGAGCCCCUCCGUGCGUGCGUCGUGUGCGUGUCUGCUCGCCCAUCUGUGACUCCGCCCAGUUCCUUCUACUCACCGAGGCGGAAGAAAGGAAAACGGGGGAGGUUAAAAGGGGGGCAAGACCAAGAAGCCUCGGUCCGGGGGCGGUGGGGAGCGCAUCCCGCCGUUGGUUUUGUUUUUGCUAUUGAAGUUUUCAGGCCGUUUCCUAACCAGUCCCGUCCCGGUGACUUACCCGCAUCCGCUCCCACCCCUGCACCUGUGGUUUGCCCCUCGCAGGCCCUGCAGCAUCUUGGGCGGUGGUCCUCGACCACGUGGAUUGGAGGGAGAGGCCCCGAGGCCCCUGACGGGCUAGGCGGGCAGGAGGGGUUCCAGUCCGGUCGCUCGCCGAUGGGGCUCCUUGUGCCCGCGCAGGCUCCCCCCAGCUCCCCUGGCCUGGUGUGGUCGGGCCUGAUCGGAAGCCCCGAUCCUAUAUGCCCUUCCACGCCCACCCCAUCUCACUAUGCAAUCCCAGUCCAAGCUCCAUUCCCUCCCUACCCCAGGACCCCCGCCCAGCCCGGGAGGGGUGCGUGGGUGACAGCCCCAAAUGGGGGGACGAGCGGGGACCAGGGCCUCUUGUGCGGGCUUUUUUUUUUUUUUUUUUAACCAUAAUGGUUGUGUGCCGCACCACCUUAUAUUUGUUACAUAUAUCUCUCGAAGGAACUUUGUUAAGACUCCCCCUCCCAGGUUUCUCUCCUGGCCCUUGCAUUCCACCCACAAGGUGAUUUAGCGUCCUGAGCGGGGGAACUGAGGCCUGAACCGCUUGGCAUUCUCCAACUUCCGUAGGGCCAUGGCUAUAUGUGCUGUCGCUGUGUUUCUGGGUUUUUUUGUUUGUUUUUGUUUUUUAACUGGGUUUGGGGUUUGAUUUUUAUUUCUCUGGGGGCUUUAUUUUUCUUGGCAAAUACUAAAAAUCUCGUCAAUGUAAUUUCUGUGGUUUCUAUUCAGCUUGGGUUUCAUGUUUUAAAAUAAACAA